AUGGCUGUCACCAUCGUCUCCAAUGCCACCCUGGAUGCUGGCCAGCCCGCGAAGAAAAAGGUCAACUUUGCCAACCUCGGUGUCGGUGCGGCCAUGAACAUGUUCGAGGUCACCACCCUCGGACAGCCCUUCGAGGUCAUCAAGACCCACCUCGCCGCCAACCGACAGGACAACAUGGUCACCGCCUUCAAGAAGAUCUACCAGCGUGGAGGCAUCUCUGGAUUCUAUCAGGGACUGAUCCCCUGGGCUUGGAUCGAGGCCAGCACAAAGGGCGCCGUCCUCAUCUUUGCUGCUAGUGAAAUCGAAUACGUCGCCCUUAAUACCGGCGGCGUCUCACCCUUUACCGCCGGUCUGCUCGGAGGUAUGGGAGGCGGUCUUGCUCAGGCAUACACCACCAUGGGCUUCUGCACAUUCAUGAAGACCGUCGAGAUCACCCGUCACAAGGCCGUCAGUGUCCCCGGCGCCCCCGCCCAAAUGUCGACUUUUGCGGUCGCCUCCGAUAUCUUCAAGCGCGAGGGCAUCCGUGGCAUCAACAAGGGCGUCAACGCCGUCGCUGUGAGACAGUGCACCAACUGGGGAUCCCGUCUCGGUCUCUCCCGUCUGGCUGAGGAGACCAUUCGCAAGGUCCGCAAAACCGAGGCCGGAACGCCCUUGAACGCCUGGGAAAAGAUCGCGGCCUCGGCCAUCGGAGGUGGUCUCUCCAUCUGGAACCAGCCCAUCGAAGUCAUCCGUGUUGAAAUGCAAUCACAGCUCAAGACCGUAGGACGACCCGAGAAGAUGACCAUCGCCAACUGUGCACGCUGGAUCUGGCAGACAAACGGACUCAAGGGCUUCUACCGUGGAUCCGUCCCACGUUUCGGUCUCGGCAUGUGGCAGACGAUCUGCAUGGUCGCAGGAGGUGACGCAUUGAAGAAGGUUGUAAAUGAGAGGUAUGGCAAGCACUAA